AUGCCUAUGCUCGAAAACCCUUCUGUCAAGUACAAGAAAUUCCCACCCGUUAACCUUCCAAACCGUCAAUGGCCUUCAAGGACACUCGACAAGGCUCCACGUUGGCUUUCCACCGAUUUGAGAGAUGGAAACCAAUCACUUCCAGAUCCCAUGUCUAUUAGUGAGAAAAAAGAGUACUUUAAGAAACUCGUUGACAUUGGGUUUAAAGAAAUUGAAGUCUCGUUCCCACUGGCCUCACAAAUUGAUUUUGAUUUCACUAGAUUUGCAGUUGAAACUGCUCCUGCAGAUGUCUCCAUCCAAGUCCUCUCGCCAUGUCGUGAAGAACUCAUCAAAAGAACCGUUGAGUCAUUAAAGGGUGCCAAAAAAGCCACAGUCCAUAUCUACUUGGCAACCUCGGAUUGUUUUAGAAACGUUGUGUUUGGCUUGAGCAAGGAAGAGAGCAAAGCCUUGGCCGUGAAAUGUGCAAAGUUGGUGAGACAACUUACCAAAGACGAUCCCUCAACUGCUGGUACAGACUGGGACUUUGAAUUCUCGCCCGAAACGUUUUCAGAUACUGACUUGGAUUAUGCCGUUGAAGUGUGCGAAGCAGUUAAACAAGUUUGGGAACCAAGCAAAGAAAAACCCAUCAUCUUUAACUUGCCUGCCACCGUGGAAAUGGCUACACCAAAUGUUUAUGCCGAUCAGAUUGAAUACUUUUCAACCCACAUUAGUAAUCGCGAAACAGUUUGUAUCUCAUUGCACCCACAUAACGACCGUGGCUGUAGUGUUGCUGCAGCCGAGCUUGGCCAAUUGGCUGGUGCUGACCGUGUUGAAGGUUGCCUCUUUGGUAAUGGAGAACGUACUGGUAAUGUGGAUCUUGUUACCUUGGCUUUGAACUUGUAUACGCAGGGUGUACCCCCACACCUCGACUUUUCCGAUAUCACAUCGGUGAUUGAUGUUGUCGAGAGAUGCAACAAGAUCCCAGUGCACGCAAGAGCACCUUAUGGUGGCUCGCUUGUCGUUUGUGCAUUUAGUGGAUCACAUCAAGAUGCAAUUAAGAAAGGUUUUGCCGAUUAUGAAAACAAAAAGAAGAAGCAAAGUACCGACGGCAAGAGCGUCCAUUGGCAAUUACCUUACCUCCCAUUGGAUCCAGCAGAUAUCGGACGUACCUAUGAAGCAAUUAUCCGUGUCAAUUCGCAAUCCGGUAAAGGUGGCUCGGCUUGGGUUAUCUUGCGUAAUUUGGAAUUGGACUUGCCAAGAGGCUUGCAAAUUGCCUUUUCCAAAAUUGUACAACAGCGUGCCGAGGUUAAAGGGCAAGAGUUGACCAAUGAAGAGCUUUGUGACUUGUUCAAACAGGAGUACUUUAUUGACUAUGACGAGGAUAGCACUGAGUCGCCAGACCAGGUGUUUAAAUUGGUUGACUAUUCCAUAUCUUCGCCAAGUAAAGGGAUUAAGGAAAUUGAAGCCGAACUCAGCGUCAAUGGCAAAUCAGUCAAGAUUAAGGGUCAAGGUAACGGUCAAUUAUCUGCAUUUAAUGAUGCUAUUGCCAAACAUUUGAAUGUUGAUAUCGAUGUCAAGCAUUACCACGAACAUUCAUUGGGAGACGAUUCCCAAGCAAGAGCAGCUACUUAUAUUGAGGUUUUGGUUAACAAAAAGACUACUAGGUGGGGUGUUGGUAUCAACACCGAUGUUUCACAAGCAUCUUUCCUCUCUUUGAUCUCUAUUCUUAAUGGAUUAAAGAGAAGCAAAGACAUUUGA